AUGGGUUUGACACCAGUGCACUUUUUCUCUCAUGGCUCAACCAUGAUGCUCGGCGAGAAGUCUGAGUCUGCCGAUUACUGGAAACAGUGUGGAGAUGAGGCAUUGGCGAGAAACAUCAAGGGCGUUGUUAUCAUGGGAGCGCAUUGGGACUGUCUCGGCGACAAAAUCGAAGUCGCAACCAACCCCAAUCCCGACAAAAGCCCUGUCGCAUACGUCCACCCAGACAAAUACAUCAACUACAAACUCAACCCGGACCUUGCAACCGCCGAGCGAUGCAUCUCCGUGCUCGCCAAAGAGGGCUUCAACGUCUCCGCGAACCCAACAUUUGACUGGAUCCACGAUGUAUACCUCAUUCUCAUCCACAUGUUCCCCGCCGGCUGCCCACCCACAACCAUCGUCUCGAUGAACGCCCGCUACGACCCCCACUACCACAUGAAAGUCGGCUCGACGCUGCGCUCCCUCCGUCGCGAGAACUACCUGCUCAUAGGCACCGGCGGCGCAGUGCACAACCUGUAUCGAAACCGGUGGGCGCCCAUGAUGCGCUUCCGCGACAAUUUCGCGAUGGAGACGCCGCCGGAGGAGUGGGCGCUGGAGUUUCGUCAGGCCGUCGAAGAUGUGAUUUUGAAGACCUCUGGGCCGCAGCUGCGUAGGGCCAUGACAAGGCUGAUGAAGCAUCCCCGUUUUCGAGAUGCGCAUGCCACGGAUGAUCAUUUCAUGGCGGCGAUGUUUGUGGCGGGCGCGGUGGGCGAUUUCGAUGAUGUGGGCACGAAUGCGGUCAUGCCGGCUGAGAGUUGGGAGUUGACGAAUAUGUGUAAUUCGCAGUUCACGUUUGGGGGCUGGGAUCGGAGGGUUAUUGCUGCUUAG